GUUUUUCUUAAAACUGAGGUUCUUCUCUUGUCCUGUUAGCUAGCUAACCCCUAAGCCAUUCAGUGGCUUAAAGUAGACAAGUAUGUAUCUGUAAGACUUUCAUGUGACUCAAUGAUAUGAACAAAUGCCACCUAGGAUAUGAAAGUAAACAGAACUUCCAGGUAGAGAUGAUUAGCUUGGAAUACGUAGAAACAUGAGGUGGGGCUGUGUGCCGUAAACAGAAACAGACCGCCUCAUACAGGUAGGUGUGUUAAAUAUUAAUAUGAAAAUAAAUCGGCCCUAAAAUACAUAUUUAAAUAAUCAAUCUUGAGGUGAGUGGAAAUAGUAAAUGUUCUGAUUAAUACCAAAGUACUGUCUGCAUUUAGGUAAAAUUCUUCACCAAUUAGAGUGGCAAAUACAUUGUUUUUUGUGUUUUAAAGGGUAAUACAUAUAAAAAACCCUCUUGAUUAUUGAAGGUAGCCACCAACUAACUGAAAAAUAAAGUUUUAAAAAAUGUUGCCUCCCAUAUUAGUUUAGCUAAUAAGUAAACUGAGCUUUUUUUAAACAUACAGUAAUUGAGGGAAACUGUUAAACAACCAGUAAGAGUGACUUUGCUGCAAGACUUGGAGUUUGUUGUUGGAUGCUGGUGUAGUCAGCAGGAGGAAAUGUCUGUUCCCCCCCAGGCCUGAACACAAGCAGCAAAACAUAAAGCUGCAUUCAUGUGAACAAGAUAAGACACUUUAUUGAAUAUCCAGCUGUUGAUUAAGUAAUAUUUCCAUGCCAAUGUCUAAAUUAUUGUUUUUAUCUGUGGAAAAUAUUUAAAAGAAUGGACCCUUUAAUGUUAUGUCCCACUGCAUGUCAACAUUUCCAUAACUGUUGACAGUUAUGAUUAUGAUUUUAGUCUUUUAGUUAAUCCACAGCAAGUCUGCUGCUUGAAACCUUCAGUUUUCUUCAGUUUUUUUCGUCUUUUUCACGUUUUCAUUGUGAUUUUUGUUAGCUUGCUUUUUUAAGCUCUUUUUGGAAAUACUGCAAGAAAUAUAGUAAAUAUUUUAAUUUAACAGAUAUUUUUCUUGCUGAGAAAGGGAGAGUUCAGUAGUUGAACUUACUUGUGUUAUCCGUCCACCGGCCUGUAGCAUCGCUCUAAGGAAGAUGGCUCCCUUCCUCACUUUAAUGUUUGAGAUGUUUCUUGCAUCAUCGUAUGUUAUCUUAAAGCGUUUCGUAUUAAAUCUGGACUUUGACUAGACCAGUGCUUUUUAUUUUGUAACGUCAACCUGUCUUUAAUGGAGCUCCUGGUAUGUUCACUUUAAUCUCUUAUACUGCUAGUCUAAUAAUAAUCUCAAACAAAAACCCUCCGAUACAUGAUAGAAUUCUUGAUGGGUUCUAUGAUCUUUUCCCAAAGCAUGACACUUCCACUUCCGUGCUUUAUACCUGCCGUGAGGUUCUUUUGGUUUGAGUCAAGCAUGUCCUCUUUUCUUGCGUCCUAAUAACUUUUAUUUCCAAAGAACAUCAUUUCAGACGUUCUGGUCUUUCUCUGCUCUCUCAACACCAGUCACUGGUGUGACUUUUGUACCUGGUUCUGUCCCAGUCAGGCCAGUCAUUCUGGUUGCUUAACUGGUUUUUCUCAGUGAGACAAUCUGUAUGUUUAAAAUGUUGCUUCAAACAUAAAUGCUAAAUAUCAGGAAAGCAAUUGCUAAAAUACUCUUGUUAAAUGCAGCUUCAUCUCUCAACCAAUCGCUCGAAGCCGUUUUAGCGAAACAUAUCUAAUAACGUUCUUUUCCCUCCCCAGCUUCGUAUUUGGUUGGAUUUUUAUCACAGAAGCUUAUGUUUUGUAUUUCAGACCAUUUCCCUCUUGAACAUUUACCUUCAUAACCUUCAAAACUGCCCAGUCCGCUGAUGGUUUCCACUGUGCCGUGAGCGAUGUGGAAAUGCAGGAACAUUACGACGAGUUCUUUGAGGAGGUGUUCACAGAGAUGGAGGAGAAGUAUGGAGAGGUGGAGGAGAUGAAUGUCUGUGAUAACCUCGGUGACCACCUUGUCGGCAAUGUAUAUGUGAAGUUUCGUCGUGAGGAGGACGCAGAGAAAGCAGUCAUGGACCUGAACAACCGUUGGUUCAACGCCCAGCCCAUCCACGCAGAGCUGUCCCCGGUCACUGACUUCAGAGAAGCCUGCUGCCGCCAGUAUGAAAUGGGGGAAUGCACCCGAGGAGGAUUCUGCAACUUCAUGCAUCUGAAGCCCAUAUCACGGGAACUCCGUAGGGAGCUCUACGGCCGCCGCAGGAAAAAGCACCGCUCUCGUUCCCGCUCCCGAGAACGGCGCUCCCGCUCCAAGGAUCGACGGCGGGGCGAUCGCGAGAGGCGGAAGUCCAGGGACCGGGAGCGGUCCGGGAGGUUCUGAAAGAGGCCGAGACUGAUGCAUUGAAUCCCCUACUUCCUAACCCCAGCAAUGUUUUUGUUUUUUUUUCUUCUUUUUUUCUGUUUUUGUUUCGAUGAAUUGUUGAAACUGUUAUUUUCUUUUAUUCAAUUUUUUUAAAAGACAAGCUCGUGUCGCUUUCUCAAUAAAACAGAUUUGUAACUGCA